AUGGCAUCUUCAGAGCUGUUUGUGACGGAAGCCUCUCACCUGCGGCUUCUGCGUGUCCUGACUGUCUUCUUCUAUCAGCGCAUGUUUAGGGAGAAACUUCUUUCGCGGGAGGAGCUGGCCCUCCUCUUCCCCAACCUCCCAGAGCUGCUGAAGAUUCACAGUUCUCUGUCAGAAUCCAUGAAAACACUUCAAGAACAAGGGCCCAUCAUCCAUGAAAUUGGGCACUUCAUGCUUUCCCAGUUUGGUGGGCCUGCACGCGAAGAGAUCCAACACGUGGUCACUGACUUCUGUGUGAACCAGUCCAAGGCCCUGGAGCUGAUUGAAACCAAGCUGCAGAAGGACACUCGAUUCCGGCUCAUCAUUCAGGAAGCAGAGAGCAACUACCAAUGCCGCCACCAUCAACUGAAAGAUCUCAUUCUCUCCGAAAUGCAGCAGCUGACAAACUACCCUUUGCUGCUGGAUAAUAUUAUCAAACACACUGAUGGACAGUCCUCAGAGCACCAGAAGCUGUGCCAGGCUCGAGACCAAUGCCGGGAAAUCCUUCAGUGUGUGAAAGAGAUUGUGAAGAAGGCCGAAAACCAUCAUCGCCUGGAGACCUAUCAGAUGUGUUUGGACACCACGUCAUUGCAGUGGACCACCAAUGCACUGGCAGCAGAGUUCAAGAAUAUUGACCUCCGGAAUCAGUGCCUGAUCCACGAGGGCCCCUUGCGCUGGCGCCUGCGCAAAGACAAGACUGUGGAUUUGCACGUGUUGCUGCUGGAAAAUCUCCUGCUGCUCCUGCAGUGGAAGGAUGAGAGACUCGUUCUCAAGUGCCACAGGAAUAGGGUGUGGGGCUCCUCAGGCACUUGGCAAACGAUCAGCCCCGUCCUCAAGCUGAAUGUGGUGCUGAUCCGCUCUGUGGCCACAGAUCCACGAGCUGUAUUUGUCAUUUGCACAUCGGAAUUGGUACCCCAUCUGUAUGAGCUCGUUGCCUCAACACCUUCAGAAAAGAAUAUGUAAGAUUUCUUACCUGUU